GGCGCGGAAUGGGCGAGUCCUGGCUCUCGGUCCUACUCGCUGCCACGUUGACAACGAUGACAAUGAUGGCGGUGACGAAGGCCGAUUCAUCCUCGACGCCGUCUCUGUCGACUAUUCAUAAUGACAUCGUGAAUUCUAAACGGAUGGCUAUCGAAGAAGCCUUGGAUGUGAUAGAGGCAGCAUCGACAGGUUCCCUGGGCGAAGUUUGCGUCAGUACGGAGGGAUUCAAAUCCCUUCCUGCUGACGUCGCCCUGGAUCCAAGGCGUUACGAUAUGGCACGUCAAAAAGCUGACAUGACCGCUAUGGUGCUUCAGAAUCUCGGGACUGCUGAAGCGAUGCGACGUAAUGCUCUUUUAGACGCUCUGACCAAGUCCCUGCUAGUGUCGGUGGACGACGCUGUGGAGGCGAGGGUGAUCGCGCUGAAUGCGUCCACCGGCACGGUGAUCACCGCGGUCUGGCUGAAACGUAGCCUUGGGAGUGUCGGUGAGCCUUCUAAGGUCGAGAGUCACGCGGUGCAACUCGGAUCGCAACCGGACCCCAGCUUACCGUGGUUCGAGAACGCAGGCAGUAGCGCUGAAUUAAGGUCACCGAAAUUCAUGCAGUCACCGCCGAUUGAAUCCUACAGGGGUUGGUGGACCAUUCCGUAUUUCUCCUGCAAGACCCGCCGUUGGCUCAUUUCAUAUAGCGUCAAUGCGAAGCCGCCGGAUGUUCGACCCGGAGUACGGGAAUUCAUCAGCAUCGAUAUCGAUAUAAGUGGGUUAGAAGUGAACCAAUGCGACGCCCCGAUGCAAAACCACAAUGACGAACUCGAGGUCAUCUCGAGCAAUCAGAUAGCCUUUUUUAAGGGCACCCACAAGUGUCAUACCGAUACCACGCAAUGCGUGUAUCAGGGGCCCGGCAGCCGAGUAAACGAAAAUGGGGUGGGCGCUGGUUGGGCAAAAGGCGCGUAUGUGUGUAAAUGUAGGCAAGGCUUUUACAGCGUCAGACAUCAUCGGUCGGGGUUCGAAGGGAUCCUUGUGGAAGCUGCGUGGAAGGAAAUGAGGGAAAACAAGAGUGACUCUUACGAGAAGGUAUUUCUAUGUCUGCGCUGCGCACCGGGAUGCGCGAGAUGCAAAGGCCCCGAGCCUUGCUUGGCGACGUACAACUGGCCGUUUAGAAUCUCACUACUAGCCGUUUCAAUUUUCUGCGCGUUCGGUACUAUCGUUCUGGUGGCGUACAUGUAUCAACAUCGUAAACUAAAAGUAUUCAAAGUAGCUUCCCCGAUAUUUCUAUCUAUUACGCUUUUGGGUUGCGCCUUGAUGUAUCUCGAGAUGGCAGCUAUAUUUCCGGUUCUUGAUAUGUAUUCGUGCAUUGCCACAAAGUGGACGAGACACAUGGGAUUCUGCGUCUCGUAUACGGCGUUGCUGAUGAAAACCUGGCGGGUUUCGCUUACGUAUCGGGUAAAAAGCGCGCACAAAGUUAAGCUGACGGAUAAACAGUUGUUACAAUGGAUGGUGCCCAUUUUGCUGGUCAUGCUGAUCUAUCUCGGAACUUGGACCGUUAGUUCGCCGCCAUACGCAGAGGUAAUCACAGAUAACCACGACUUGAAGUUUUACCAAUGUUCGUACAAUUGGUGGGAUCACAGCCUGGCUAUCGGUGAAAUUCUCUUUCUUGCUUGGGGCAUAAAGAUAUGUUACAACGUGCGAAACGCGGAGAGUCUGUUUAACGAGGCCCGUUUGAUAAGUUACGCCAUUUACAAUAUAGCCGCGGUGAAUAUAACCAUGAUAGCCAUUCAUCUCUUCAUAUUUCCUCGUGCCGGGCCGGACAUCAAAUACCUAUUAGGCUUUUUGCGGACUCAACUUUCAACGUCCGUUACGGUCUUCCUGGUAUUCGGUCCUAAAGUAAUCAGAGUAUUGCGAGGCCAGGGGGAUCAGUGGGACAGUCGAGCAAGGGCACGUGGCGUCACUGCAAGCUUUUCCUUGAACGGAAUUGGUUUGGUACCGGAGGAGACAACAGAUUUGUAUCAGGAAAAUGAAGAGCUUAAGGAGGAGAUUCAGAAAUUAGCCGCGCGAAUCGAAUUCAUGAAGAUAGUGCACAUGGAGAUGCACAACCGACACAUCAAGCCGAAGUUAGGCGGUUAUUUCAGCACGCAUGGUCAUGGUCAUGGGCAUCCAUCUGCCGGACAGAGUCCCAUCGCCAAGAGCUCGACGGCCAGUUUUAUUCUCAAACAGACGGCAGUGGAGCGAGGUGCAACGGCAGCCGCGGCCGCGGCCGUCGAGGAUUCGACCUUUCCGUCCGGAAGUCUGCACAGAGCGCGAAGGUCGGAGAUGCUGAGGGAGAGGAAGGCGGAGAGGGAGAGGGAGCGCGAAAAAGAACGGAAUAAGGACAAAGAGCAGGAGAAACCGAAAUCAAGCGGCGAGAAGGUUUGACUAGUGGUCAAUAGCGAGGAGGUAUGGUUGUGACGAAAACAGUGUCCUGAUGAAAGCAAAAAGACGCGAAGAAACCGAAGAAAAAGGAGGAAGAAGAAAUUGGAGAUAUUCAGGUUGUAUCCUUUAAAGGAUAGGAGACUGCCCGUAUUUGUAUGAAUUACAUCAAGCGAUCACUGUCUUCGUACCGAUGUGAUAGCGUAAUUACUAGAUGUAUGAUAUAGGUAUCUCUUGAAAUCAAAAUGUUUAAUAAAUCUGAGACACACGAAAAGCGAAAGGCGACGGCGACGGCGAGUAUUUUCGUGUUCCCGUUUAUUUUUAU